AUGUCACUAAAGUUAGUAAAUCUUGUCUUCAAGAGUGGAAGUUUGCUCGCACUUACACCUGCCAAGAUAGAAAAAAAAAGGCUGUUGUUUCCCGCAAGAGCUUACACUGUGCUUUGGAUACUACUAUUUUCUACAGGAAUAUCUGUUUCCGCUGUAUUCCGAAAAGCAGAUUAUGAUAGAUUAACUACUGUUCAACUCAUAAUGCAGCUAGUUUCGGAUAUAAUUUUAUUUAUUCUCAAUAUCUCUACUGUUGUGAUAACAGCAACAAAGAAGCGUCAAUGGAACAAGUUGAUUGAGAUUUUGAAAACAUUCAAUAAUAACAAUGAGAAGGAGGAAAGGUUUUGGUUUUCAUCGUUUCUGCUAACUCUUGUUGCCUUACUAAUAAUUUUGAGCUAUGAAACUUGGCUUUGGACUUCAAUAUUGGGUGUUGAAUUCUUUAAACUGUACGCAGUGGAAUAUUUUCAAUUUUAUUCCCAGUUUAUUGUACAUUUCUUGAUUUAUGCAUUUUUGAAACUGAUACUGGACAGAGUCCAAAAUAUGUAUAAGACAAUCAGUCUUUUAAAGGUGCAGUCUUAUCGACGAAAUAAUUUCAUUUUGAAGAAAAUUAAAAGCGAAUUUUGCGCACUGGCAGAGUGUGUAAAGAUUUUUAAUGAUAUUUUUGGCUGGUUAAUGCUACUGUCGAUAGGAUUUGCGAUUAUCGAACAACUGGAAAGUUUACAAAUUUUGAUCCUCAGGUCACAACAGACAAUUGCAAUCUUUAUAUACGAUCUUAUGAUUUUCACAUGGCAGAUGAUCGGCACCUUUGUCAAUGUCUUCUUGUGUGAUUUGAUAGAACAAGAAGUGAGAAAAAUAGAACUGGAAGCGCUUCAAAUUACAGCAAAUUGUGUAGAAGAAAAAGAAAUUGAAGAAAUGAAAAGUCUUGUAAAUAUUAUAGACCGCUGUUUUCCUCACUUCACAGCUGCCAGGUUCCUUGACAUAAACAGAAAAACGAUUCUAGGCUCCCUUAGUGCUGUUAUUUCGUUUGUAAUUGUUACGAUUCAGUGUGAAAAUUUGAACUUUUCUUAAAAGUUUG